GAUGUAUAUAUGCAAGCGGUCGUUAUUAUAGUUGGAUGAUCGUUGUUUAUCGGAUCAAUUAGACGGCUUAUCUCAAUACGGAACUUUAGGGGCCUCUAGUCAGAUCUCCAUGAUUGUUAAACCGGUCAUUACUCUCAGUUCAUUAUUGGCUCUUUAGUUAAGCGGUUAACUUUUUUACGAACAAUUAUUCAUUAAUAGUUUUUUUUUAAUUCAAAACAUAUUAUAUUUUAAUAGGCACUAUGGUUAUAGUAAAUAACAAACCCAAGGUAGAGAAACGGAAGCAAAUCAGUGUGAAGUCUAUCGCAGACGUUGAAGAUGUGGUGGCUAUGAAAAAAACUUUUAACCGCCAUCUUCAUUUUACCCUAGUCAAGGAUAGAAACGUUGCCACUAUUCGCGAUUAUUACUAUGCAUUGGCUCAUUCUGUGAGGGAUAGUUUGAUUUCCCGAUGGAUACGGACUCAACAACACCAAUAUGCUGUUAACCCAAAGCGUAUAUACUACUUGUCUCUUGAAUAUUUGGUUGGUCGUUCUUUACAAAACACAAUGAUCAAUUUGGGAAUUCAAAGUAGUGUUGAUGAAGCAUUGUAUCAAAUGGGAUUAGAUAUUGAAGAACUUGAAGAUCUUGAAGAAGACGCAGGUUUAGGAAAUGGUGGUUUGGGAAGAUUGGCUGCUUGUUUUCUGGAUUCAAUGGCCACUUUGGGAUUAGCGGCAUAUGGAUAUGGUUUAAGAUAUGAAUAUGGUAUAUUUGCUCAAAAGAUUAUCAAUGGUGAACAAGUUGAGGAACCAGAUGAUUGGCUACGUUUUGGAAAUCCUUGGGAAAAAGCUAGACCUGAAUAUAUGCUACCAAUUCAUUUUUUUGGAAAAGUUUUAGAUACAGCCACAGGAAAGAAAUGGAUAGACACUCAAGUUGUUUUUGCAAUGCCAUAUGACAGUCCAGUUCCAGGUUAUCAAAAUAAUAUUGUGAAUACUAUGCGAUUGUGGUCUGCUAAAUCCCCUGUCGAGUUUAACUUGAAAUUUUUCAAUGAUGGAGAUUAUAUUCAAGCUGUUCUGGAUAGAAAUUUGGCAGAAAAUAUAACUCGUGUUUUGUAUCCUAACGAUAACUCAUUUGAAGGCAAAGAAUUACGUCUGAAACAAGAAUACUUCAUGUGUUCAGCUACGUUACAAGAUAUUAUUCGAAGAUUUAAAGCUUCAAAACCUGGAUGUCAAUCACGGUUAGACUUUACAGAAUUUCCAGAUAAAGUGGCUAUACAAUUAAAUGAUACUCAUCCAUCUUUAGCUAUUCCUGAGUUGAUGAGAAUACUAAUUGAUAUUGAAGGCUUGGCAUGGGAUACUGCUUGGAAUAUUACUGUAAAAACUUGUGCUUACACUAACCAUACUGUCUUGCCUGAAGCAAUGGAGAGAUGGUCUGUAUCAUUAAUGGGUUCGAUAUUACCAAGACACAUGCAAAUUAUUUAUCACAUUAAUUUCUUGCACUUACAAGAAGUUCAAAAGAAAUGGCCUGGUGAUAUUGCACGUAUGAAGCGUAUGUCUUUGAUUGAAGAAGACGGUGACAAAAGAGUUAAUAUGGCACAUUUGUCGAUUGUUGGAUCCCAUGCUGUUAAUGGGGUUGCUCGUAUUCAUUCGGACAUUAUUAAAAAUGAUAUAUUUAGAGACUUUUUCGAGCUUACGCCAGAAAAGUUCCAAAAUAAAACAAAUGGUAUCACUCCCCGUAGAUGGCUAUUACUCUGUAAUCCAAACUUGUCUGAUAUUAUAGGAGAGAGAAUUGGUGAUAAUUGGAUUACUCACUUGGAUGAAUUGAAGAAACUUAAUGAACUGGUUGAUGAUCAGAGUUUCAUAUUGGAUGUACAAAAAGUUAAACAAGAAAAUAAAAUGAAACUUGCACAUUGGCUAGAAAGUGAAUACAACGUUAAAAUCAAUCCUAGCUCUUUGUUCGAUAUCCAGGUGAAAAGAAUUCACGAGUAUAAAAGACAACUUCUGAACUGUUUGCACAUCAUUACUCAGUACAACCGAAUCAAGAAAAAUCCUGAUGGUGAGUUUGUUCCAAGAACCGUAAUGAUUGGUGGAAAAGCUGCUCCAGGAUAUUAUAUGGCUAAGAAAAUCAUUAAACUUAUCAAUUAUGUAGCUAAUGUAGUAAACAAUGACCCAGUGGUUGGAGAUCGUUUGAAAGUACUGUAUUUAGAAAAUUACCGAGUAACUUUUGCUGAGAAAAUAAUACCAGCUGCUGAUCUCAGUCAACAAAUAUCUACCGCUGGUACCGAAGCUUCUGGAACAGGAAACAUGAAAUUUAUGUUAAAUGGUGCCCUUACUAUUGGCACAUUGGAUGGAGCUAACGUGGAAAUGGCAGAAGAAAUGGGAUCAGAGAAUAUGUUUAUUUUUGGAAUGACUGUUGAUGAAGUAGAAUUGUUAAAAAGGAAAGGAUACAAUGCUUAUUCGUAUUACGAAUCUAACCCUGAACUCAAACAAUGUGUUGACCAAAUACAAAACGGUUACUUCAGCCCUAAUAAUCCAGACGAAUUCAAAGACGUAGUAGAUGUUCUUCUUAAAUGGGAUAGAUUUUUCUUGUUAGCUGAUUACGAAGACUACGUUAAAACUCAGAAUAAAGUUAAUGAAACAUAUAUGAAUCAAACGAAAUGGACACAAAUGUGCAUUCGUAAUAUUGCAUCAUCUGGAAAAUUCUCUUCAGAUCGUACCAUUACUGAAUAUGCUAAAGAAAUUUGGGGUGUUGAACCAUCAUGGGAAAAAUUACCAGCCCCCCAUGAACGCAUUGCUGAUCUUCCAAAACAACAAGCAUAAUUAAUUUACAAAAAAAAAAACAAUGUAAAUUUAAACAAAAUGAUUUAUAUUCAUUCUGUAAAAACAUUGUUCCUUUACUUAUUUAGCUUUGUUUUAGUUAUUUAUU